AUGUAUGGAGUAAGAACUGAUUAAUAUCUCGAUGGUGAUUAAAUUAGAUUCUUUCAAAGAUUUUAAACAUGCAAACCAGAGGGAGGAUGGGAAUACUACGGUUUGAUGGAUGGAAUAAAAAUAUUGUGCCAUGAAAGUAUACUUUUUAAAGGAGUAGGAAUAUUUGCAUCGUCUAAAACAGAUUCACCUGAGCCAUUCACUCUGACAUAUCGCUAUUAACUCAUUGAUUAAUAUGGGGAUGAAAUUUACUAGAGUGAAUUAAUAGAAGAAGAAGUUUAAUACUAGUCAAAUGAUAUCAAUGAAUUGCAUUUCUUCAAAUACAUAUUCAAGACAUUUCCAAAAGGAAUCAAAGUUGAGAAAGGCUAAACUUUUUGCUAUUAGCAACAAACAUCAAUGGCUAAGACAUUUUACUCUGAUUCAGGCAGAGAAUAUGAAAGCAUUUAAAAUCAAGAUAUGGGCAUUUUUAAUUUGAAAAAUUAUGAAGUAGGUCAAAGCUACUGUACUAUUAGCUGUGGUGUAAUACCUGGAUUUCUUUAUUAAUUUUAUUGA